AUGAACCAUGGUAAAUCAAACCUUGCCAUGAAAGUUUCAAGCCACGCACCAGAUGUGUUUACCUGCAAAAACGAACCAAUAUUCUCAUGGAUUUUAAGCGACACGACCACAUUCCAGGCUGCGAUCACCACGAAAUGCAUUACCUGCCCGAUUAUCAUUCUCUUAAACGUUUUAGUGAUCGUCGCUGUGGCGAAAAGAAGACAGUCGCAGAAAAACUCGAACAUUUUGUUGGCUAGUCUCGCUGUCGCGGAUUUUUUAGUGGGUGCCAUUUCCAUGCCUUUGUCUAUUAGCCUAGAUGCGUUGCUCCUCGAUAAGAAUACUACUGUAGACGAGUCUUUUUGUAGACUAGCGUUUGCCAAUCAACUGGUGGUGUAUGCUGUUGUCUGUUCGUCUUUAUACCAUAUGACUUUGAUCGCUUGGGAGAGAUACGUGGCGACAAGAAAGUGGAACUGCUACAAAGCGAUUGUCACCAAGAGGCGAGUGAAGACGUACACAGCAAUAGCGUGGCUGUUAGCUGUACUAACCACGACUCCUGUACGUAUUCUUACGGUUCUAGGACUCGACUAUAAGUACACUAAGAUCUUGGACACGAUCUUCUUUCUUCCAGCCUUAGUUUGCUUAGUUCUCAUCGGGUAUUUUUAUAUCAUGUUGUAUCUCGGUGUGCGCGCAUGGAAAAAAAUAAGCGACGUUAGCCAACUGGGAGCCCCUACUGAGAUGGCAGCGAGGCGGGAACUUGGUAUUGCGAAGAGGGUUUUCAUUCAGACAGUUGCCAUGUUAAUAUUUUACCUCCCAUCGAGUAUCGUUCUUUUCUGCGGAGAGUUUUUACCCUUCCUUCGAACAAGCUCGUUUUUCCGUCGUUCGGAGUUGCUGAAUCAGCUGAACUCGCUGGUAAAUCCAUUUCUCUACGUUUUGGCACUGAAACGUUUCAGAAAGGCAGUUCUGGGAAUGCUGAAGAUGGGCAGAAAACCUGGAGUGCAGGGAGCGGCUGUUAGAAAACGACGUUUGAAAACUUUCGGUAGGCGGAUUGGUGUUGUUGAGAAUCUGGAAGUCGUCCUUGAGUGUGAACAAGUACAAGACGACGUUUUUGUUGGAUCAGGAUCGGGAUGUUCAGACACGCCUAAAGGCACUGUUAAUGUGAUACAUCUGGAGCCGAUCCUGGAAAGAUGCGUGGCGUCUACUUUACCAUGUGAAAUCAGCCAAAUCAUUCAUGUCGACGUGCAUCAACCCAAAACAAACAGAAGAAAACCAAGAAGAAAGGCUAAUGGUGUGGUCACAAGGGUUAUUCCUACUGACGCAAGCUUCAAUGUUUGCGACACCAUAUCACAAGACAAUCACUGA